ACACCAUCUACCCGUGGACAGCUUCGUAAGUCUACUUCGUAUAGCUUUCCAAGGUUCGGAAAAAUAAUAACACGAAGGUUGGAUGAUACUCCGAAAGCUUAAUAUGGGAUUCGGACGUUUCUGGAUGAAUUGAAGGUGGAGAUGGGACGAUGGGUAGAUAUAAAGGCUGGGACAUUCUGUUCAUGUCUUGGCUUUUUUUCUGUGUGGUUUAUAUUACUUCGAAUUCUUUGGUUUGAAUUUGGAUUAGCAGACAAUAUGAAGAUCUCUAAGUAUUCGAUUCCUCUAUUCACUGGAUAUGGGCUGUCAAUUGCUAUGCCUGAUGCCUCGGAGGCAGAUCUGGCAACAUCUGCACAAAAAAAAGGCUGGAUUCCGCACUUUGAGAAUUUAGUAGCUUUUGGAGACAGCUAUACAGACGAGUCUAGACUGAGUUAUUUCCAAACUCACAACGGCUCUGCACCGCCGCCAGGAACUUUACUUCCAUCCAGCAAUUCGACUGCUGGUGGAGGCGUCACCUGGGAUCGAUGGGUGUCGAAUUAUAGCGGAGCAAAGCUUUAUGAUUAUGCUGUCGCUGGAGCAGUCUGCUCUAACGGAAUCAUCAAUCGAUAUCUAGCCAGUGUCCAUGGACCUUUCCCUGAUGUUGUCUAUGAAGUUGAUGCGUUCGUUGCGGAUGUCAAGUAUAUCAAUUCAUCCACAAAUACCAACACUCUAUACACGAACCGUAAGCCUGACAACACGGUAUACUCGAUGUGGAUCGGUACCAACGAUCUAGGAGAGGGUGCCUUUUUGACAGACUCUUCCUUGAACGGGACAACCAUUCCAGACUACGUCGAUUGCAUUUUCGAUAGAUUCGACGGAAUUUAUCAGACCGGAGCUAGAUACUUUGUUCUAAUGAAUAAUGCACCGUUACAACUAACGCCAUUGUAUGGGAUGCCAGGUGCAGGAGGACUGAAUGCUAGCCAUUAUUGGCCCAACAAACCAAGCAACAUUUCAGAAAUCAGCGGGAAAAUGAAAGAAUAUACUCAAUUGGCCAAUAGCAUAUUCGACUACCGAGUACCAUUUGAACUAUUAAUUAAAAAGCGUUACCCAGGAGCGUCGAUUGCCAUCUUCGAUACCAAUUCUUUACUUACCGAUAUUUACAACAAUCCAACGCAGUAUUUACCAGCACCAGCCGUUGUUGAUGUAUCAUACAUUCUCUGCGCUGUCUCCGGAUCACCAUGUCCCAAGCAACCAGGAAGCUUAGAUGGUUAUAUGUGGUACGACGAACUUCACCCUUCUCAAGGAACAGAUAAAGUCAUUGCUCAAGAAUUUUUGAAUGUUGUAAAAGGAAAUUCGAAGUAUGCCACAUAUUGGUAAUUGGUAGCUUGUUGUCAGUGAAUGGUUGACAGGUAAACAUAAUGAUAAAGUAGGAAAAGUAAUGAUUA